ACUGGGAACUCGAAGCUCUCGUCCCGGACGUGGAGGUUGUUAUUCGUCUUGAAGAGUUGUAUGACGCCCGGUGUUUUGUUUUUUAUAUCCGGGGGGUGUAAGCUACCACACGGCGGGCAUCUGCAUGUCUGUGUCCGGGUUUAUUUUAACACCAUAGCGCCAUUUUUGUCCAGGUCGUGGUCAAGCCCGACAAGCUCGGUCCCGGGGCAGCUGAUGGAGGAGCGGGUCUCGGACUUCUUUGGCCCGGGGAAUGGACUCGGCUCCGGGUCCUCGGCGGUCCCCUCCACCGCCAAGUCGGGGAAAGCUCCGAAGAACAAGAAGUCCAAGGCUCGAUACCCCCGCAACUUCAAACCGAGCAACAACACCCCGUACCUGCCUCCGGAGGCUGAAGAGGGAAACAUAGAGUACAAGCUGAAGCUGGUGGACCCAACGCAAUACCGCUUUGAGCACUUGGCAACACAGAUGAAAUGGCGACUACAGGAGGGUCGAGGCGAAGCUGUCUAUCAAAUAGGUGUUGAGGAUAAUGGCAUGCUGGUGGGGCUAUCAGAGGAAGACAUGAGGGCAUCACUGAAUACGCUCCAUAGUCUGGCAGAGAAAGUUGGAGCUGACAUCACUGUACUCCGAGAGCAAGAAGUGGACUAUGACUCUGAUGAUCCUCAUAAGAUUGCGGAGGUUCUCAUUCGCAAGGUGCCAGAUGACCAGCAGUUCUUGGACCUGCGGGUAGCUGUGCUGGGUAAUGUGGACUCGGGCAAGUCCACUCUGUUGGGUGUACUGACACAGGGCGAGUUGGACAAUGGACGGGGAAGAGCGCGGCUCAACCUCUUCAGACAUCUUCAUGAGAUCCAGACUGGACGGACUUCAAGCAUCAGCUUUGAGAUCUUGGGCUUCAAUAGUAAAGGAGAGGUUGUGAAUUACAGUGAAUCUAGGACAGCGGAGCAGAUUUGUGAGAGUGCCUCUAAAAUGAUCACAUUCAUUGAUCUGGCUGGUCACCACAAGUACCUGAAAACCACCAUUUUUGGCCUGACCAGCUACUGUCCAGACUUUGCUAUGCUUGUUGUGAGCGCAAAUACUGGCAUUGCUGGAACGACAAGGGAGCAUCUUGGUCUCGCUAUGGCCCUGAAGGUGCCCAUCUUCAUCGUCAUCAGUAAGGUGGACCUGUGCUCGCGGACCACCGUGGAGCGCACAGUGCGGCAGCUGGAGCGUGUCUUGAAGCAGCCGGGCUGCAACAAAGUCCCCAUGGCUGUAGGCAGUACUGAUGAUGCCGUCACAGCAGCACAACAGUUCGCCCAGUUCCCCAACAUCACACCCAUCUUCACCUUGUCCAGUGUGUCUGGACAGAGUCUAGAAUUGCUGAAGAUCUUUCUCAACAUGUUGCCCCCCCUAAGUAACAGCAAGGAGCAGGAGGAGCUAAUGCAACAGCUAACUGAGUUUCAGGUGGAUGAGAUCUACACAGUGCCAGAGGUAGGGACUGUGGUGGGAGGUACUCUGUACAGUGGUAUUUGCCGUGAGGGAGAUCAUCUUAUAGUCGGGCCCACAGACUCCGGCCAGUUCCAGGAGUUGAGCAUUGGGAGCAUACAGAGGAACCGCUCGGGAUGCAGGGUCCUCAAGGCCGGCCAGGCUGCCACACUUGCCCUCGGUGACUUCGACCGGUCACUUCUACGCAAGGGUAUGGUGAUAUUGAGUCCUGAGAUGAAUCCAACCAUCUGCUGGAUGUUUGAGGCUGAGAUUGUGCUGCUCUUCCAUGUCAAGACCUUCCACAAGGGCUUCCAGGUGACUGUUCACAUUGGAAAUGUGAGACAGACCGCCACUGUGGAAGCUGUAUAUGGCAAGGAGGAGCUGAGAACAGGAGAAAAAGCAGUGGUUUGCUUCAAAUUCAUCAAGCACCCAGAAUAUCUGAAGGUGGGAGCCAAGGUGCUCUUCAGAGAGGGCGUGACCAAAGGUAUCGGCCACGUCACGAAGUUGCAGCCCAUCAGCCAGUACCAGCCAUCCCAUGCUGAGGACGAGGAGGUCUGAACCAUUUCAGAUAACCUCAAGAGAAAACACAGCCCACUCCUAAACAAGGUGCUUUACAACACCCCCACCCCACCACCGCCUGUAUAGUCCAAAGGCCUCUUCUCUUUGCUGUUCUUUGUAUUUUUAUCGCCCCUUUCCAAAGCCUCUUCGCUACCAUCUUCCUCAUUUAUCCUCUUCAGCCCUUAAAAAAAUACUGCUGGUUUUUCAGUCUCUUUCUGUUGUUGGGGAUUAAAGAAUGUGGCUUUUCAUGGCACCGACAAGAAGAAACACCUCAGCCACCUCUACAACAAGGAACAUCAACCAAAGUGAUGACGAGUGUCAUGAACAUUUAGUUGCGGCUCACGGAUGAAUGAGUCGCAACUAGGAAAUGCUUUCUCACACCAAUGUUGAAGUGCUGCCUACACCGUUUACACCUAAAUGCACUAACUAACAUACUUCAGAAAUGAUGCACACACACUUGCACUGAAACCCAAAUGCCAGUUUUUAUAUGCAGCAGAUAAUCGUUUACAAACUUGGUAGUUGCAAUUUUGAGGUUGCUUGUACAUAAAAGGUCCAGUGUGUUGGCUUCAUAAUUACAUCAUUUUUUCAUUUGAUGUACAAUCACCUUAAAGUAGGAAUCUACUUAGGAUGACCCCUUAAUGUCUACAUCAGAAGUGGUCCCUCUGCCACUGAGGCUGCCCAAAAUGGACAAAAACAUUUUCUAUUUACUUAAGGCCACCGUAUGAUCUGCUACAUGUUAGGGGCAGUCAGUUAGUUGUAAUCUGUACGCUCACCACCAGAUUCCACUAAAGCCUACACACUGAACCUUUAAGGUGCAAGUUGUAUCAACAGUCGUUUUUAUCAUCACCUCACAGCUUCUCUGUUUUACCAACAUAGUGCCUUACUGUCUUUUUCAUAAUAACUACGUAUCAUCUAAAGUGAGAGUUGUAAAAGCAGUGAGAUCACAUCCUGUCAGUUGUAUAUAAGAUUAACCAUCUCACUUCAAGCUAUAUUACUGACAAAGGCACUUUCUGAAGCUAGAGAGGUAACACUGCGAGGUAUGCAGAGUUUGUAAUUGUAUGCUCAAGCUGACAUGCAUAUUCACAGUGGAAAUUACAUCAUAACUAUCAUUUCUCUGUGACAAUGGUGUGUUUUAAUAUUCACAAGUAAUGCCUCACAAUGGUGCAUUGGAUGGUAACGAUCUCGCUGCCCAUGUUUUAAAGUGCUUUAGUUACUCAGGUCAGUGUCGAUGUUAGACUGCGUUCCACUCUCACUCAAGUACUCCAGCGAAAGAUUCUGUUGCUGACUUGUUGUGUGUCUUUCUGUCUGAGUGUGAGUGUGUAGCUGAAGGGGGGUGUAUCCCAAAGAGAUGAGCCUGAUUACAUACAUGAAGCUGCCUACUGAUGCAGCUUUAAUUAACAGCAGUUCUAUUGGAGGUGCUUGAUGUCGUCUCUCCACUGAUGCCACUGACUUUCAAAGUGUUUAACACAGUGCCUGAUGCUACACUUUGAGUGGCCUUCCAUUACGCCCCAAACCUUUACAACGCUGUAAUCAAAAACAUCUACUGAAGUUGGUCCCAUCACCAGAAACACCUUUUGUGUCGAAGACUACUUUAAAAAAAUGAAUGUUAACCUCAGCUCAGUUCGAGGCUGUUGGCCUUAACAUCUGUUACAUUGCAUGUUGAUGUGAUUUAUACGCAGGAUGUUGUCCCACGGACAUCGAUAAUAGACGACACCUGCAGUGUGUGCCGUUUUGUUGCACCCACACAAUUGUAUGCACCCGUUGUGUGCACUCAAAGAAACUUAUAAUGCAUUUGAACCAAACUACUUUUUAGCCUUCAUGAAUAGUUAUACCAGGUGUUCAGGUUUGUUUUAAAGCAGCUGAGAAGUGUUUUAUAGAUUUAUAGUAGUUCUCAAUUUUAAAAUUUUGUACAGCUUUUUCACUGUUGCAUUCUUCUUAAUCAAACCAACACAGUUUCACUCUUUUACAAUCAUUUAAAACCUUUUUUUCCUUUUGAAUUCAAGUGUAAUAUUUUGAGCAUUAUUUGGGUGAAAUGCAAUA